AUGCCUUCCUCAAAGAAAGUUGCUCCAGCUCCAUUUGCUGCCAAAUCUAGCAAAUCUACCACCGUCAAGAAUCCUUUGCUCGAAUCCACACCAAAAAACUUUGGUAUUGGACAAUCGAUACAACCAAAGAGGAACUUGUCAAGAUUUGUUAAAUGGCCUGAAUAUGUUAGAUUACAAAGACAAAAGAAGAUUUUGUCUUUAAGAUUGAAAGUUCCUCCUUCUAUUGCUCAAUUUAACUAUACCCUUGAUAAGAACACAGCUGCCCAAGCAUUUAAAUUGUUCAACAAAUAUAGACCCGAAACUGCAGCUGAGAAGAAGGAGAGAUUGACUAAGGAAGCUGCUGCCGUUGCAGGAGGUAAAUCCGCUAAGGAUGCUUCACCAAAGCCAGUUGUUGUCAAAUACGGUUUGAAUCAUGUUGUCUCCCUCAUUGAAAACAAGAAAGCCAAGUUGGUUCUUAUCGCCAAUGAUGUUGAUCCAAUCGAAUUGGUUGUUUUCUUGCCAGCUUUAUGUAAAAAAAUGGGUGUCCCUUACGCAAUUGUCAAAGGUAAAGCUAGAUUGGGAACCUUGGUUCACAAAAAGACUUCGUCCGUUGCUGCAUUGACUGACGUUGCUUCUGCUGAUGAGGGUGAAUUGUCAAAAUUGAUUUCAACCAUCAAUGCUAAUUACGUCGAAAAAUACGAUGAGAACAAGAAGCAUUGGGGUGGUGGUAUUAUGGGCUCAAAGGCUAAUGACAAAUUGGCCAAGAAGGCUAAAGCUAUCGCUUCUGCCAGUUAG